UAAAAUUUGGAGCAGUCCACACAGAUUAUACUCCCACCAUAUUCCCAUGAUUUCACGGCGGAUUUUCCGAAGGCGCUGGUUCCUGGCUCUGGUUUUGGGCGCUUCUCUUCUCUAUUUCCUCGUCUCUGUCUUCAAACAGUCGGAGCAGUCUGUUGUGAAGGACACCGGAGACUACAAGCCUCCCGAGUUCGACUUCCGGAGGAAGAUCAGCUGGAAGCCGAGGUUCCAGGCGCGGAAUCUCGCCAACAAGACCGACACCAACUGCAGAAACUCCGUACAGGGGAAGGAAGUCAUCGCGGAUGAACGGGGGUUUGUGUGUGACCGAGAAGACAUCCUUGUUGGCGGAUGUUGUGAUGUGACGUCGCUCACGACGCGCCGGUUCACGUGCGCCAGCUGUCAGGAUAACGGCUGCUGUCAGGUGUACGAACACUGCGUCUCCUGCUGUCUGCAGCCUGAAAAGAUUUUGAGCUGUGUCUGGCCAAGUGUCGCACCUCCUCACAGAGUGUGCAGCAUGAGAAUUCAUAUCGCGACCCUAAAGCCAAGUUUUGUUACGGAGCCGACCCACCACAUCUCCAGCCUGGCAGAUAGCCCUGGCCUCUUGCCUUAGCUAGAAACAGUCUCUAUAGCUCUCAUUUAGUGUAUAUGUUAAAUUGUGUAUUGUACAAGGCCUUUUCCCUCACUAGCACCACUCUGAUGCGUACAUACUAGUAAUUGUUGAGUGUACAUGUCAAAUUGUGUAUUGGACAAGGCCUCUUGCCUUAGCUAGAACCAGUCCCUGGUGUCUACAUGCUAGUAGUAGUACUCUCGGUGUACAUGUCAAAUUGUGUAUCCUACAAGGCCUCUGCCCAUAACUAGAACCAGUCCCUGACGACUAUUUACUAGUACUCAUUCGGUGUGCAUGUCAAAUUGUGUAUUGUGCAAGGGCAGGCCUCUUCCCUUAGCUAGUACCACUCUGACGUCUACCUACAUAUUCAUUCGGUGUACAUGUCAAAUUGUGUAUCCUACAAGGCCUCUUCCCUUAGCUAGAACCACCCUGACGCAUACAUUCUAGUACUUAUUUGGUGUACAUGUCAAAUUGUGUAUCUAAUUCUCCCAAAGCCUGUUCCGUUAGCUAGCCCCACCCUGCCGUACUCACGCAGUGUCUACGUGACCCUGGGUAUCUUUCUGGUCCCACCAGCUGUGUUAAGUUUAGGGGGGGCCAUUUUCGCGCUGUCACAGUUGAUGCCCGUAUUUUGUAUAACAGUCGUCAGAGUAGCGAUCUUAUGUAUGCUACAGUAUUUGACUGUUAUGGUUAUAACUGAAGACUAGUCAGCGCUUGUUUGAGGAGACUUUUUGAGGAUUUUUGUUCGUUUUUUCUUCUUUGCGAAGCCUCGGGUGGAACGUUUAUGUAAAUACUACAGAGGCUGUUUGAACUACCUCCAUGGAGCUGUAUUUUUGGACUUGAUAAGCGAGGGAGAAGCCCAAACAUUCCUGAGGAAAAAGGGCGUAUGUUAUUAUUAAUUAGACAUAUAACCAGUCUCAUUCCUAUGUUACUGUCACACGAAAGUGUCAACAUCCUUGUAUAUGUAUAGUGAGAGUUUGCAAUAAAGUCCUGUUACCUGUAGUA